GGAUGGAGUUCAAAAGGGAGGCGGAGGCGGAACUGGACCAAAACCAAACUUUUCUGGUUUGUUCAGCCGUGAUAAGACUGCAGUCACUGUAAUGUUAAUCAAGUCACUUGUAGGGGGUGCCUGCACUCUGAUAGGAGCAGCUACAGCGCUAAAGUUUGCACCUGUGGAAGUGAAGGCCCAGGCAGCCGCUCGUCUUCACAGCACGGUGAGGAAAUCCCACCUGGUCCAACAAGCCAACAUGAGGGUCGAACUUGUGCCAGCGCUCAGUGACAACUACAUGUACCUGCUGAUUGAUGAAGACUCUAAAGAAGCUGCCAUUGUUGACCCCGUGGAGCCCAUAAAGGUUGUGGAAGCUGUCAGAAAACACGGCGUUAAACUCACAACCGUUCUGACCACUCAUCACCACUGGGAUCAUGCAGGGGGAAAUGAGAAGAUGGUGAAGCUGAUGCCUGGGUUAAAGGUCUAUGGAGGAGAUGACAGAGUUGAUGCUAUCACAAAGAAAGUUUCCCACUCCAACAGCUUCAAGCUUGGAUCACUCAAUGUGAAAUGCCUGUUCACGCCUUGUCACACAACCGGUCACAUCUGUUACUAUGUGACUAAUGAAAACAGCUCUGAGCCACCUGCUGUUUUCACUGGUGACACGUUAUUUGUGGCUGGCUGUGGUAAAUUCUUCGAGGGUACAGCAGAGCAGAUGUACAGAGCCUUGAUAGAGAUUCUGGGACGUCUUCCUCCUGAAACACGUGUUUACUGCGGCCAUGAGUACACGGUCAGCAAUCUGAAAUUUGCACGCCAUGUUGAACCGCACAACGAAGUCAUUCAGAAGAAGCUUGCAUGGGCAAAGGAGAAGUGCAGCGAUGGAGAGCCAACUAUUCCGUCCACUUUGGCAGAUGAAUUUACAUUUAACCCCUUCAUGAGAGUAAAAGAGAAGUCUGUUCAAGACCACGUGAAGCAGACAGAUCCGAUUGAAACCAUGAGAAGCCUUCGGAAAGAAAAAGACAGCUUCCGGGUUCCUAAGGAGUGAAGUCCAGUGUGUUCUUGUUUUCGUCUCCUUCAAGCACUGCGAGUUCUUCAUCAUAUUAAAGAAUAACUACAACUCAACCUGAAAGCCAUUUAAAUAAAUCCACUACAUUUACCCCUUACUGAAUGUACUUACUUUCACCACUAGAUGUAUCAAAGCUCUAAAUGUUUUCAUCAUUUUGUUAUAUUUGGUUUGUUUGGCUGAUUUGAUGGGACUGGUUUCUUAUGGCUUUAAGAGAAGAAUUUAUUUUCAUUUGUAAAUGCCUAAAAAGAUGUUAAUAUAUUGACGUUCUGUUUCAUUCAGUUUUUAAAUUUCACCCAUUUCACAAAACGAGCCGUAUGAGGAACAAUCAGUCAUUUAUGUCCACAGUUUCUGAGUGGAUUUAAUAUGAAGUAGUAAUUUUGUUUAAGAUUAACAUUAAUGUUAUAUUCUUAUUGUCUCUCUGUGUCAGUUCUAUAUUUGCUUAAAGCCUCAUUUAAGUAAAACACAGCAGAACUACUUUUUAAUUUCUACUUUUUGUCAUGACUGAUUGGUGUCAGCAUUACUGGUUAGAUCUGAAGGUUUCUAAAGCACAUCUUAAAAGAGCACUGCAUGAUGUUCUUUGGAAAUUGCAAUAAAACACAUUCAUUUUGAAGCAA